UUCAAAUUCCAAUUCAAAUUCCAAUUCCAAUUCCAAAUUGAAUUAGAGUUUGCAGGAGGGAGAUGGAUAGAAGAAGAGGUAGGGGCGGUGGAAUGAUCGGACUGCUUCUGAUUCAGGCGUUGAGCGAGUACGGCCGUCUUGAGCGUAAACCCCCUGUCACGGCUGGGCUUAUUGCUGCUAACACACUCAUUUACUUGCGCCCUAAAUUUCUCGAUCCAAUUCUCCCCCCUUUCAAUCAUGUCUUGUUCAAUCCCCACCUCAUUCUCAAGCACAAAGACCUGAAGCGUUUCAUUUUGUCGGCAUUCCAUCACAUUAACGAACCCCACCUCUUCUACAACAUGCUAUCACUUUUAUGGAAAGGCACACAACUCGAGAGUGCAAUGGGAAGUAUUGAAUACGCAUCCAUGGUUGCAGCUCUAGUCGGUAUGUCUCAAGGCAUCACUCUCUUACUAGCCAAAGGUCUUCUGCUUUUCGACUACGAUAGUCCUUAUUACAACGAAUACUCUGUCGGAUUCUCCGGUGUGCUUUUUGCCAUGAAAGUAGUUCUUUACUCUCGAUCGGAUGACUAUACACAUCUGUACGGAUUGGUGGUUCCAACACGUUAUGCUGCUUGGGCAGAACUUGUUCUUGUCCAGAUGUUUGUACCUGGUGUCUCGUUUCUUGGUCAUCUUGGUGGAAUACUUGCUGGGCUUCUAUACUUGAAAUUGACAGCUUCGAACUCUGGUGGGAACCCGUUUGUGAAGAUAAUAACGGGUGUUGCCCGUUUCAUGAGUUGGCCUUUUAGAUUUGCACAUGGUGUUUUAGUGCCUUCACAACGGAGCAGAGUAUUUGGUAGAGGAAUUCUUGGCGGGAGUGAGGCGGAAAAUGUAUGGAGAUGUGGAGCGUGUACAUACGAUAAUACAAGUCAAUCGAGUGUUUGUGAAAUGUGUGGGACAGAGCAUGAUGACGACUAUGGUGGGGGGUCGUCGCCCCCUCCUCCGACUACUGGCAGUAGUCAGGCGAUUUCCGUUGAGGAAUUAAGACAGCGGAGGGUGCAGAGAUUCGGCCAAUGAUUUGGAAAGAUUAGUGGACACAAGAAUCGCAUUCGAUAAUAACUUGCAAUAUGUAUGUUAAUUUGGGUUUAGCGUGUUGAACGGAGUUGAUAAGCUAAUUCAUAUUUGCUAAUGCAGUGUUCUGCAAUUUCUUGUCCUAUUGCUUAAUGAGUGAAAUUCAUCCUGCUUGCAUAAUUGUUUCAGAUGCUUACAU